UCGUUGCCUAUUGUUCGUCUGCUCACACUGAAAAGUGGGCGAGUUCGUGGAGAAUUUGUCCCGAAGCGCCUCCGUGGAGCUAUAGCUGCUUCGAUCAGGCAUCAGCUAACGUGCAUGCAGUGUUAUCUUUGUUGUGAUGUUGACUAAAUAUUAUGGAUUGUAGCUUGUCGUUAAUAAAUUUCAUAAUCAAAGAUCUGAUCUUGGCUCGCUCUAACCAGUCAGUGUGUUUAUUCCCUAGCUGUGACCGGUCGGUGAACGGAGUGAAGUCUAUCUCAAGUUCAUAUUUGACAUGACUUGUUUGACAGGGGCAAUGCUCAGUUGUGUCUUUGAUUGUCAACUUGUGCUCUGCAUUUAGGACCGCAAGCAACCCAAGACACUUUGUUUUGAGAUUCUAGGAGUUUAAAAAGAGUUGUUUGUAAAGUUCAACACCGCAUUUCUGGAUACUUUUUCGUGCACCGGGAAUUAUGUCGACUAUACCGUACGCCAUGCCCAGCAGUGGGCCGGGUGCGGGUGGUUUAGGUAUGGUAAACCACCCAAGUCCAUUGGUAGCUCCUACCCCAAUUCAACAAUUACCAAGCCUGCCAGGACAUCCUCACAACUUUCUAAGCCACUCUUCACCUUCACAUUCCAAUCCCUCACACACCUCAUUUUCUAUUGAAAAUAUCUUGGGACAGACUAGGGCUGCUGCAGCAGCAAACAUUCAAAAUAUCACAGCUCUCUCGCACGCCUCUCACCCUACGACGCCCACCAGACCUACGCCCACGUUCCCGGGACCUUCGUUCGGACCAUCGCCGUACGGACAGCCUCAGCAUCCUACCGGUGCUUACUACGAUCCCGCCGCCGUACCUGGCGGGCUGGCGGCAUCCUCACCGCUGACAUACAGUACGACUGGAUUUACCUCCCCCACAGCUCUGUAUCCGUACAGUAGAAACGAUUACCCGCACUCAUUCCUAGACAGAGUUGAUCACUUCUCAAAAGGUAAGGAUUAUUUCGAAAAUACAUUUAUAUCAUUAAUUGUUAGACGAAUAAAUUAAUAAGCCUAAAUUAAUGAAAAAAAGGAA